CCUUGGCCUUGUAAGGCUGGGUUAUCUGGGGUUAUAUAUUUGAUCCCUGCCUAGCCUGCAGGUCUAUCAGCUGCAUCCUCUUCACCUGGCCCCUGUAGAUCACUGACUUUUUGUCUGAAGCCCGAGCUCACCUGUCGUCUGAGUUGAACCCAGAGCCAUGGGGGACGCAGAGAUGUCUGUGUUUGGGGCAGCUGCCUCAUACCUGAGGAAGUCAGAGAAGGAGCGUAUGGAGGCCUCCACACGUCCCUUUGACAUCAAGAAGGAAUGCUUUAUCCCAGAUCAAGUGGAAGAAUUUGUGAAAGCAACCAUCAGCAGCAGGGAUGGAGACAAGGUCACAGUGGAGACUCAGCAUGGGAAGACUGUGACUGUCAAAGAGUCCCAGAUUCUGCAACAGAAUCCUCCAAAGUUUGACAAGAUUGAAGACAUGGCUAUGCUGACUUUCCUUCAUGAACCAGCUGUGCUGUUUAACCUCAAAGAGCGUUACGCAGCAUGGAUGAUCUAUACCUACUCUGGGCUGUUCUGUGUGACUGUCAACCCUUACAAGUGGCUGCCAGUCUACAACCAAGAGGUAGUAGUUGCCUACAGAGGAAAGAAGAGGAGUGAAGCUCCUCCUCACAUCUUUUCCAUCUCUGAUAAUGCCUACCAGUACAUGCUGUCAGACCGUGAAAACCAGUCGAUUCUGAUCACUGGAGAAUCUGGUGCAGGAAAGACUGUCAACACAAAACGAGUUAUCCAGUAUUUUGCAAGUAUUGCAGCUGGUGGCAUUAAGAAAGACCCCAAUGCCAAAGACAAGGGAACUCUGGAGGAUCAAAUCAUUCAGGCUAACCCUGCACUGGAGGCCUUUGGUAACGCCAAGACCAUCAGGAAUGACAACUCCUCCAGAUUUGGUAAAUUCAUCCGAAUUCAUUUUGAUGCCAGGGGAAAAUUGGCCUCCGCUGAUAUUGAAACAUAUCUUCUGGAGAAGUCUCGUGUGACCUUCCAGCUCAAGGCUGAGAGGGAUUACCACAUUUUCUACCAGAUUCUGUCCAACAAGAAGCCUGAACUCCUGGAGAUGCUGUUGAUCACAAAUAAUCCCUAUGACUAUGCCUUCAUCUCUCAAGGGGAAACCCAAGUGGCCUCCAUUGAUGAUGCAGAUGAACUGAUGGCAACAGAUAAUGCCUUUGAUGUGUUAGGCUUUACUCAAGAGGAAAAGAACUCUGUGUACAAGCUGACUGGUGCCAUCAUGCACCACGGCAAUAUGAAGUUCAAGCAGAAGCAACGAGAAGAGCAGGCAGAAGCUGAUGGAACUGAAGAUGCUGACAAAGUGGCUUAUCUGAUGGGCCUGAACUCUGCUGACCUCAUCAAAGGUCUCUGUCACCCAAGAGUCAAAGUAGGGAAUGAAUGGGUCACCAAGGGACAAAAUGUUGCCCAGGUGAACUAUGCUGUUGGAGCCCUGUCCAAAGCUGUUUAUGAGAGGAUGUUCCUGUGGAUGGUAAUGAGAAUCAACCAGUCUCUGGAGACAAGGCAGCCUCGCCAGUACUUCAUUGGUGUGCUGGACAUUGCUGGGUUUGAGAUCUUUGAUUUCAAUACCUUUGAGCAGCUCUGCAUCAACUUCACCAAUGAGAAACUGCAACAGUUUUUCAACCACCACAUGUUUGUGCUGGAGCAGGAAGAGUACAAGAAAGAGGGCAUUGAAUGGACAUUCAUUGACUUUGGUAUGGACUUGCAGGCCUGCAUUGACCUCAUUGAAAAGCCCAUGGGUAUCAUGUCCAUCCUUGAAGAGGAGUGCAUGUUCCCCAAGGCCUCUGAUUCCACCUUUAAAGCUAAACUCUACGACAACCAUCUUGGCAAAUCCAAUAACUUCCAGAAGCCCAGAGUGGUGAAGGGGAAACCAGAGGCUCACUUUGCCUUGGUUCACUAUGCUGGAACUGUUGAUUAUAAUAUCAACAACUGGCUGGUGAAGAACAAGGAUCCUCUGAAUGAGACUGUUGUUGGACUCUACCAGAAGUCUAAUCUCAAAUUGCUGGCUACCCUCUUUGCAAAUUAUGCUGGAGCUGAUUCAGGUACCCUGGAAGUAAAAUAUAUUCUUUGGUGUUACUAUGAUGAUGAUAUCAUGAAUAUUAUUAUUUGUUAUUUGUGUAGUCUUAACAUUAUGCCAUCUUGCUCAACAGCUAUGGCUGAAGCUACUGAAGGUAAAAAAGAGAAGAAGAAAAAGGGAUCAUCCUUUCAGACUGUGUCUGCCCUUCACAGGGAGAACCUGAACAAGCUGAUGACCAACUUGAGGUCUACUCACCCUCACUUUGUACGCUGCAUCAUCCCCAAUGAGACCAAGACUCCUGGGGCCAUGGAGAACCCUCUGGUGAUGCACCAGCUGCGCUGUAACGGUGUACUGGAAGGAAUCAGGAUCUGCAGAAAGGGCUUCCCCAACAGGAUCCUAUAUGGAGAUUUCAAACAAAGAUAUCGCAUCCUGAAUCCUGCAGCCAUCCCUGAAGGUCAAUUCAUUGACAGCAGGAAGGGAGCUGAGAAACUUCUUGGGUCUCUGGACAUUGAUCACAACCAAUACAAGUUUGGUCACACUAAGGUGUUCUUUAAGGCAGGACUGCUGGGUCUGCUUGAGGAAAUGAGAGACGAGCGACUCUCCAAAAUCAUCACUGCUAUUCAAGCGAGAUCUCGUGGACUUUUGUCUCGUAUUGAGUAUCAAAAAAUGGUCGAACGCAGAGAUGCUUUAUUGGUAAUUCAGUGGAACGUCCGAGCCUUCAUGGGAGUCAAGAAUUGGCCAUGGAUGAAGCUCUUCUUCAAGAUCAAACCUCUGCUGAGAUCGGCUGAAGCAGAGAAGGAGAUGGCCAACAUGAAGGAAGAAUUCCUGAAGCUCAAAGAGGCUUAUGCAAAAUCGGAAGCUCGCAGAAAGGAACUAGAGGAGAAAAUGGUCUCUCUUCUCCAAGAGAAGAACGACCUGCAGCUCCAAGUUCAAGCAGAGCAAGAUAAUCUGUGUGAUGCUGAAGAAAGAUGUGAGGGGCUGAUCAAGAGCAAGAUUCAACUGGAGGCAAAAAUCAAAGAGCUGACAGAAAGGUUGGAGGAUGAGGAGGAGAUGAAUGCUGAACUGACUGCUAAGAAGAGGAAGUUGGAGGAUGAGUGCUCUGAGUUAAAGAAAGACAUAGAUGACUUAGAGUUAACCCUGGCGAAAGUGGAAAAAGAGAAGCAUGCCACUGAGAACAAGGUGAAGAACAUGACAGAGGAAAUGGCUGCUCUGGACGAAAUCAUCGCCAAACUGACCAAGGAAAAGAAAGCCUUACAGGAAGCUCAUCAGCAAACACUGGAUGACCUGCAGAGUGAAGAAGACAAAGUCAACACUCUGACCAAGGCCAAGACUAAGCUGGAGCAGCAAGUGGACGAUCUUGAAGGCUCCUUAGAGCAAGAAAAGAAAAUACGCAUGGACCUUGAGAGAGCAAAGAGGAAGCUUGAAGGAGACCUAAAAUUGGCUCAAGAGAGUAUCAUGGACCUGGAAAAUGACAAACAGCAACUCGAAGAGAGGCUGAAGAAGAAAGAUUUUGAAAUCAGUCAGCUCAAUGGAAAAAUAGAAGAUGAACAAGCAAUGUGUGCACAACUCCAGAAAAAACUGAAGGAGUUGCAGGCCCGCAUUGAGGAGCUGGAGGAAGAGCUUGAAGCAGAGCGAGCUGCUCGAGCCAAGGUGGAGAAGCAAAGGGCAGAUUUGGCCAGAGAGUUGGAGGAGAUCAGUGAGAGGUUGGAGGAGGCUGGAGGAGCAACAGCUGCCCAGAUUGAGAUGAACAAGAAGAGGGAGGCUGAGUUCCAGAAACUCCGCAGAGACCUUGAAGAGGCCACUCUGCAUCAUGAAGCCACCGCCGCCACACUCAGGAAGAAACAAGCUGACAGUGUUGCUGACCUGGGAGAGCAGAUUGACAACCUGCAGAGAGUCAAGCAGAAACUGGAGAAGGAGAAGAGUGAGCUCAGACUGGAACUGGAUGAUGUGGUCUCCAACAUGGAGCAAAUUGUAAAGGCAAAGAACAACUUGGAGAAAAUGUGCAGGUCUUUGGAAGACCAGAUGCAUGAAUAUAAAACAAAGUCAGAAGAGGGACAGCGCACCAUCAAUGACUUCACAAUGCAGAAAGCAAAGCUUCAAACUGAGAAUGGUGAACUUGCAAGGCAGCUAGAGGAAAAGGACUCUCUGGUGUCUCAACUCACCAGAGGAAAACAGUCCUACACUCAACAACUUGAAGACCUUAAACGACAACUGGAGGAGGAAGUCAAGGCCAAAAAUGCAUUAGCCCAUGCAGUGCAGUCUUCUCGUCACGACUGUGACCUGCUCAGAGAGCAGUAUGAGGAGGAGCAGGAGGCCAAGGCUGAACUGCAGCGCAGCAUGUCCAAGGCCAACUCUGAGGUGGCUCAGUGGAGAACAAAGUACGAAACUGAUGCCAUCCAGAGGACUGAGGAACUGGAAGAAGCCAAAAAGAAGCUGGCUCAGCGUCUGCAGGAGGCUGAGGAGGCUGUUGAAGCAGUGAAUGCUAAAUGUUCCUCUCUGGAGAAGACCAAACACAGACUGCAGAAUGAGAUUGAAGAUCUCAUGGUGGAUGUGGAGAGGUCUAAUGCUGCUGCUGCUGCUCUGGACAAGAAGCAAAGAAACUUUGACAAGGUCCUUUCUGAGUGGAAGCAGAAAUAUGAGGAGUCUCAGUGUGAGCUGGAGAGUUCUCAAAAGGAGGCCAGGUCUCUGAGCACUGAACUCUUCAAACUGAAAAACUCCUAUGAAGAAUCUCUGGAAAAUCUGGAGACCAUGAAGAGAGAGAACAAGAAUCUACAGGAGGAAAUUUCUGACCUUACCGAGCAAAUUGGUGAAGGGAGCAAAACCAUUCAUGAGUUGGAGAAAGUCCGUAAGCAGCUGGAGCAGGAAAAGAGUGAGAUUCAAUCUGCCCUUGAGGAAGCAGAGGCCUCUCUUGAGCAUGAGGAGGGCAAGAUUUUGAGAGCCCAACUUGAGUUCAACCAGAUCAAGGCGGACAUGGAGCGUAAACUGGCCGAGAAAGAUGAAGAGAUGGAGCAGAGCAAGAGGAACUCACAGAGAACGAUUGACACCCUGCAGAGUUCUCUUGAAGCUGAGACUCGCAGCAGGAAUGAGGCCCUGCGUCUGAAGAAGAAAAUGGAGGGAGACCUCAAUGAGAUGGAGAUCCAGCUGAGCCAGGCCAACAGGCAGGCAGCUGAGGCUCAGAAACAGCUUAAAGCUAUUCAUGCACAUCUAAAGGAUGCUCAACUUCAGCUUGAUGAUGCUCUGCGAGCCAAUGAUGAUAUGAAGGAGAACAUGGCAAUUGUUGAGAGACGUAACAACCUGCUUCAGGCUGAACUGGAGGAGCUCAGGGCUGCCCUAGAACAAACUGAGAGAAGUCGCAAACUUGCUGAACAAGAGCUGCUGGAUGUUAGUGAGAGGGUGCAGCUACUGCACUCACAGAACACCAGCUUGAUAAACCAUAAGAAGAAACUGGAAGCUGAUACAGUCCAGCUUCAGACUGAAGUAGAAGAUGCAGUGCAGGAGUGCAGAAAUGCUGAGGAGAAAGCCAAGAAAGCCAUUACUGAUGCUGCCAUGAUGGCAGAGGAGCUGAAGAAAGAGCAGGACACCAGCGCUCACCUGGAGCGCAUGAAGAAGAACAUGGAGCAAACCAUCAAGGACCUGCAGCACCGUCUGGAUGAAGCUGAACAGAUCGCCAUGAAGGGUGGCAAGAAGCAGCUGCAGAAGCUCGAGGCCAGGGUGAGAGAGCUAGAAAAUGAGGUAGAAAUGGAGCAGAAGAGAAGCAGUGAAGCUGUUAAAGGUGUGCGUAAAUAUGAGCGCCGCAUCAAGGAACUAACCUACCAGACUGAGGAGGAUCGCAAGAAUAUUGCCCGUCUCCAGGAUCUGGUUGACAAGUUGCAGCUGAAAGUCAAAUCCUACAAGAGAUCCACUGAGGAAGCUGAGGAACAGGCUAAUGUUCAUCUUGGCAAGUUCCGCAAGCUGCAGCACGAGCUGGACGAGGCUGAAGAGAGAGCUGACAUCGCUGAGUCUCAGGUCAACAAGCUGCGUGCCAAGAGCCGCGACGCCGGACCCAAGAAAGGGUUUGAUGAGGAGUGAAGCUUUGAAGUCCGCAGAAACCCCUUUGCCCGCUGUGUAGUGUAGACUAUCACUAUUCAUAACCUGUAGUGCUAAUAAAAUUGCAUCAAGGAGUUGCA